AUGAGAUUCUUCACUGGAUUUUUCAGCGGAUUCGCUUUAACCACAACAGCGCUAUACCUAACUGUUCAGGUACAUCGAUCUAUUCGCCUGGAACAACGCGAUGCUAUCCGGCAACAGACUCAAGCUCUGAAUUCAUUAUCCUCGCCGGUCGGCGCUUACGACCGCCGGCUAGCCCCAAAAGACAUCCCUCAGCCAGAGGAAACCACGGAGCCGGUACGGCCUACUAUGAAGGAUUUGCUUAAACAUCAUUGGAAUCAAGAAGUGGAAAAACUGGCAAGACAGACAUAUAACAGUCGAUGGGAAGACGCGCGAGAUGCGGCGGUGGAAGGGUGGAGCACUGUGGUCAGGUGUAUAAAGAAGGAGUAG